UGACGGGCCAUUCGCGGACAUAUGAUUCGUGUUGAGGGGAGAACUGACUGAGGUGGCUGACUCGAUGAUAUUCCGACUGAAUACAAUAGGCGGGAGAAUACAGGAGACGGUCUGGCGACACUGGCGGGCAGAGUGAAGGGAGGGAGGCAGCAGGAAUAGCGAGCUGUUCAGCACGUGACGUAACCCACUUUAGUUAAGAUUCCGAGGACGAGGAGCUAUUGAGAUCUGAACGACGCUGCUUUCAGGGAGAAGACAUGCUGACAGUGGCCAAAUCAGGAACAGCUAUGCAGCAGGUAGUCGAUGACCUGUGUGAGCGUCCUCCAUCGUCGGCGAAAGAGCUGGACCUCAUCUUCCUACGAGGCAUCAUGGAGAGCCCAAUAGUACGGUCACUAGCCAAGGCUCAUGAUCGGCUGGAGGAUGUGAAGUUGGAGGCGGUGAGGGACAAUAAUCUGCAGCUGGUCGGUGACAUCCUGUCGGACGUCGAUCACAUGACGUCUAAUGACGACAACGCAGCCGAACUCUACAGGAUACUCACCGGGCCGCACUUCAAGUCUCUCCUUGAGGCUCAUGACAUGGUGGCGUCCAAGUCGUACGAGGUGCCGCGAUUGGACAGCGUGAUGUCAGACUGGGCCAGUGAGAUCGCAGCGUUGCCACCAGGCCCCUCCCCCUCCGACACCAUACGCAUCAUCUCCAUCACCAAGAAGGCCGGAGAACCCCUGGGCGUGACGUUUCGUAUGGAGCAUGGUGAGUGUGUGGUUGCUCGUGUUCUGCACGGCAGUUUGAUUGACAGGCAGGGGAUGCUGCACGUUGGUGACAUCAUCAGGGAGUUUGACGGACAGCCCAUAGGGGCGGGACCAGUGGAGCUCCAGCGAAUCCUGAAGGAGGCCAGCGGUGACAUCACACUCAAGAUCUUCCCCUCCUACAGAGAUAACCCCACCCCCGCACAGCUGUACCUAAAGCCUCAUUUCAGCUAUUCUCCUGAGAGUGACACCUUGAUCCCCUGCAAGGAGGCGGGACUUCCCUUCACACACGGAGAAAUACUACACGUAGUCAACAGAGACGACACACACUGGUGGCAGGCGUGUAAGGUAGUGGGCGGGGCUACAGGUCUGAUCCCCAGUCAGUUUCUGGAGGAGAAGAGGAAAGCCUUCGUCAGGACAGACACACAGCACACAGGUGUGUUGUGUGGAACUGUUCCUGGUAAAAAGAAGAAAAAGAAGUUGAUGUACCUCACAGCCAGAAACGCCGAGUUUGACAGGUGUGAGUUGCUCCUCUAUGAGGAGGUGGUGAGUGUUCCGGCGUUCCGGCGCAAGACAUUGGUUCUGCUCGGUGCUCAGGGGGUCGGGAGGCGGAGCCUAAAGAACAGACUCAUCACACAGAACCCAAAACUAUACGGAACCACAGUACCAUUCACCUCUCGUCCUCCGCGCAGUGAUGAAUGUGAGGGCGUGACCUACAGCUUUGUGAGUCGCGAUUGGAUGGAGGCCGACAUUAAGGCGGGACUUUACCUGGAGCACGGCCAAUACGGCGGCAGCUUGUACGGAACCAAGAUCUCAUCCAUACAGAACGUUCUCAACACCGGACGCACCUGCAUAAUAGAUGUCAACCCACAGGCGCUGAAGGUGUUGCGGACGUCAGAGUUUCUUCCCUUCGUGGUUUUCAUCGCGGCGCCCCCUCUGGACGUUUUGAGGAACAUGCACAACGCCGCACUACAGGCUGGAGUCACACACAAGCAGCUCACGGAUGCUGAUCUGCGUCGUACGGUGGAUGAGAGUGUCCGUAUUGGCUCCGCCUACUCGCAUUACUUCGACCUCGUUAUCACUAACGAGGGAUUAGACCACACCUACAAUGCCCUUAACUCCGCCCUUAACGACCUGCACACACACAACCAGUGGGUCCCUGUCAGCUGGGUCUUCUAAGACACACACACACACACACACACACACACACACGCACACGCACACA